AUGGCUACUACAAAACACGUGAAAACGGUGGUUUUAGAUGCCGGUCCAUUAAUUACUCAACCGGCAACUACUUUGCAACAAUAUGCGCAAGAAUUUUACACCACUCCUGGUGUUCACUCAGAAUUAAAAGACGAAUAUGCACGUCAGCAAUUGGUACUUUGGGGAGAUCAACUAAAUAUUAAACAACCUUCACAGGGAAGUAUUGACAAGGUGAUCAAAUUUGCAAAAAUGACUGGUGAUUACAGUGUUUUAUCGGUCAAUGAUUUGCAUAUCAUUGCUUUGGCACAUGAAUUGGAGAUUCAAAGUGGAGGGAAGUUGAGAACUUUUCCUGGUGAGGUGUUGGAAGGUCAAGAAAGGGAUGCACAAGAGACAUUAACAGAGAACAAUAAAAAUGACGAGGAUGGGUUUGCUCCGGUGAAAAAGGGUCGUAAGAGAGGCGGUAAACGACAGAGGGAAAAGAGAGAAGCAGAAGCAAGAAAGUUGCUUGAAGAAAAGGAAGAAAAGGAAGGAAAGACUACUUUUGAGGAUGCUGAGAAAAUUACAGUGCAAGCGGAGCAAAAUAAAGCCACUCCAUUGGCUGAAGUUCAGAAACCUUCUAACACCGCUUCUGAAUCCGAACCCGAUACCGAAAAAGAUACUAGUAUCGCGCCCUCUCAGGAAGUUAGCGAAGAGUAUAACGAAUCGGAUGACGACGGUGACUGGAUCUCACCAGAAAAUCUACACGAUGAGAUCAUCAAAGAUCAAAACGAACAGAUACAAGAUACACCAAUUGAGGGUAAAUUAAUCAGGGUUGCAUUAGCAACUGGAGAUUUUGCUUGCCAAAAUGUAUCCAUACAACUAGGAAUUAAUUUGCUAAAUACAAUGUCAGGCAAACAAAUCAAGAGAGUACGUAACUACAUGUACCGAUGCCAUGCAUGUUUCAGACUCACACCAAUUAAUAAAGAUGGCAAACCCAAACAUUUCUGUCCAAAGUGUGGUGGUGAUACCUUGAUCAGAUGUGCAGUUUCUGUCGACAACAAGACAGGUAAAAUCACUCCUCAUUUGAAAGCUAAUUUUCAAUGGAUCAAACGUGGUGAACGUUAUUCUCUACCUUCCCCAUUGAGUAAAAACCAGCAACGUUUACAAGGAAGAGGAGGAUAUCAGCACAAUAAGGAAAACAGACAUAAAUCUCAACAAAACCCGUUAAUACUAAGAGAGGAUCAGAAGGAGUAUCAACAGGCACUAAAGAAUGAUGAAUGGGAAAGGAGACAAAAUGAGAAAAUGUUGCAAGAUUGGAUUGGUGGUGGUAGUGCAGACAAUUAUGUUAGCCCCUUUGGUACUGUCAAUACUAUCAGACCCAGUGGUGUGCGUGUUGGAAAAGGUAGAUAUGUAAACACCUCCAAGGGUAAAAAGUAA